AUGAUGAUGUCUAUCGCGGCGGUACAGACGAAAGCUUCCAUUGCACUGCGAUCCCAUUUCGGUUUCUAACCCCUGCUGCUUCACAGACAUGAUAAAUGUUUGUCCGGUUCUCUUUUUUGGCGUCAGGUGUGCACAUGCGAAAACGAGGCGACAUGCGAUCCCGUGACUGGCAUCUGCCGUUGUCCGGCCGGCUACUUCGGGCCCUUUUGCCAGCAUCCUUGUCCGCCCGGCCGAUGGGGCGAAGCUUGCAUCCGCGUCUGCGACUGCCUCAACGCCGUCGGUCUGGGCACCUGCGACGCGGCCACGGGCCGAUGCCGCUGUCGGCCCGGCUUCAUGGGAGAACGCUGUGAAAAAGGUAGUUGA